AACACUCUGUCCUUCUGGAUGUUUUGGCUCUAAUUUCCACCCCAAAUGGGGUUGCCCCUCUCCUUCUUCUUGGCCAACUUCUCUUCCACCAAUAUAAGCGCAUGCUGGAGGCUGGUGGGCAGUCAUGCAUUUUACGGCAGGCCCCACACACAGCCGGAGUCUGGGGCCCCUGGGCCUCCACGGCACCCCCCAAGCUCUGUACAUGGUCCACUUAACAGUGCUGGUCGUGAUGAGCUUGGUGUUUGGUAAAACUGAACCUGUCAAUCAAGAGCCCCCUUAUCCACCUGAGUUCCCCAAAUACCUGCGCUGCUAUCGGUGCCUCUUGGAGACCAAGGAGCUGGGGUGCCUGCUGGGAUCUGACAUCUGCCUGGCCUCCCCUGGCAGCAGCUGUAUGACUCUCUUCAUCAAGAACAGCAGUGGGUCUGACAUCAUGGUGAGUGACUGUUGCCGCAAGGAGCAGAUGAGUGACUGCUCACACACCCGCACGUCCCCCGUGUUUGGCUUCUGGAUGUUCUCUCGAUGCUGUUUCCAGGAUUUCUGCAAUAGCCCACAGAACCGAGCGCUCUAAUCCCAUGGGACGGCUGCAGAGGCCUUUGCAGUAAAAUGUUGCCGGUGUCCAGCCAGCUUCCUGGUUCCCACCUGGCGCAGCCAGGACAACUCCUAGCCCACCGCCCCCAGGUUACCUGACCCAGCCCUAGUUGCCUCUUGCUUGCCGCCCCUCAGCACCCCAUUCACACUCUGCCCCUCCCCAAGCACCCUCUCCAGACAUCUCUGGAGUUUUCCCUGUAAGUCCUCACAGUCUGACAGCUUCCCUCGCCUCUUCUCCCACCUCUAGGCAGCCUUUGCUCUGCUCUGGCCUUCUCCCUUCCUCCCACCAAGGCCUCUCUUGCGAGGUGUUCCUGCAGAAUAAAUUGGUGUACAAUCUGUAUGGUUUCUCUUCUGGUGGUGGUGGAGGCUGAGGGGGGUCCUGCCUGGCAGCCCCAUUGGGGGACAGGUAAGGGGCUCCCAGCUCUUCUGAGCUCUGCUCUCGCCUGUCUUGGUGUCUGAUUCAGCUCUAAGCACAAACAGGUGAAGAGGAAUUGGAAGGAGAUACAGUGCCAGCCAAAAGGGCAGUGGGCAUCCGUUAGUGCUGUCAGCCCAGAGCCAUGUGGGAACUGCA